CACGGUACCCGUUGCCUUCUCCACACACUGCUUAUCGAUAUACUCGGCGACAACACUGUUGUGGUUGGCGACAAACGGAUCGCCGCCAUAUUGAAUAUCCACCUUGGACAGGGACAUGUGAAAAAUUACGUUUGUUUUGUGGGACAGUUAGUGGAUAAUCGCACACUUUUGACGAGCCGGCCGACAGUUAAAUAUUAUGGACAUCGUCAGCAGCUGAAGACAAAAGCCAUGGAGAACAGAAUAGUAAGCAACGUAUUGCAGAAGAACAGUGACUUCCUGUCCCGCCAUCUUGUCCUGUCGCCCACAGUUCUGGAGAAGCUUCAAGAGAAUGGCCUGAUUAGCGAAUACGUCAAGCGGCAGCUGGCGUUCAAGGACACAGAUGAACAAGUUCCCUGCCUCAUCGAGAGUUUUAGCGACCGCGGUUUAUUGACAUUCAGAAAGUUUCUGGCAGUUCUUCGAGAAACGGGUCAUGGCUGGUUGGUAGACGUUCUGUUGAGGUCACAGGCUCUCAGUUAUGAAGAAAUCGCAACAACCGAUGGGCAAGCUGGACAAGUAGACUUCAGACAGGGGUCAGGUCUUGUAGGCGAAAGGUCAAGGUUACAUGGAAUGACCCCUGAACAUGCCCGGAUGAGACUGACGUCAGCACAUCUGAGAGGACGGGGAGGGGAUGUUGGGGGAGGUUAUGGGGAUGCAGGGUUGGGUUUGAGAGGGGUUGAAAGGGGAGGACUUGGUGAUGAGGGAUACCACGGGACAGGUUUUGGAUCAGGUGGUUACGAGAGGAGCGGUCUUGUCGGUGGGGGUUUCGAGAGGAGUGGUGUUGGAAGAGAGAUGGGUGGAUUAGGACUUGGUGGAGGCAGGUUAGCAAUUGGGGAUCGAACCAGCGGCUAUGGAUAUGAUAGAUCACAGUUUUCGCUUUUGCAAAAUAAAACGCCACCGGCGAAUCUUGGGAGUGUUCUUAGUGACAGUAGGCGGGUCGUUGGGAGUGGGAGAUUUAGGGGCCAGGUUGCCCCUGGGGCUCUAUUCUCCGACGGCAUGAGGGACCCACAACGAGGACCCCCCUUAGAUAUGGCUGGAGUAUCGACUGGCGACAUUCCCGGUGCCUUAUUGAACCUGCACGACCACUUCAGAAACCAGAGCGACACCAACGAGCAGAACCUGACCAUCCUGAAGCGAGAGGAGGUGGCCAUUAAGGAACUCCUCGACCAGAACAACAGGGAACAGGUCAAGGUCAGACGGAACCAGGGAGCACUGACGGACAUCGGACGUCGCCUGGAGGAGAUCAACGUCAGGACCAAUGAGGUAUAUGACCCCAAUGUCCACAGUCAGAUCUCGAGGUAUCGUCUGACCCAGCUCAACCAGAUACCUUGGUCCAAUAGUAGAUAACCUGGAGGAGAUCAACUCCUGGACCAAUGAGGUACAUGACCCCAAUGUCCACAGUCAGAUCUCGAGGUAUCGUCUGACCCAGCUGAACCAGAUACCUUGGUCGAAUAGUAGAUAACCUUGACAAGAUCAACUCCUGGACCAGCGAGGAACAUGACCCCAACGUCCACAGUCAGGUCACAAUAUUCCCCCCACCAGAUACCCUGGUUCAAUGAAAGGUAUCCUGGUGGUGACAAGUGCCAUGUCUUACCAGUAGGGCAGAACAUGCUUAGCCUCUUCACGAACACCUGGCGUCAUCACUGAUGUCCAGUGAUCCAUACAUAUUUUUUUACCGCCUCUUACGUCCAAUGUAAUCUGCUUCAGAGGAUAAUCGAGACUGGUUAUUCUCUGGCGUAGACGUUUUAUAUUUACAUUCUAUCAGGAAUAGACAGAAUUAUUGCGGCUGGAUUUGUCGAGGACAAGACGUAUACUAUCCUCUUGCGUCUUCUGUGUUGUGUCAGACACCUUGGAUUAUCUGUGACAGCAGCAUCAUCCCCGAUGUGGACUUUAUCUCAAUGUGUAAAGGCCAGUCCCUGCUUUUGUAUUUCAGUCUCAAGGAUUUAUGUGAAGGAUUAUAAAGAAACUGUUCUCUAAUGUGACAAUGAAUUAAUCUUACAUAUAUACUGGCAUGUAACAGCUAUUACAUAUACUAAGAAUGUUAUCCUUAAAUUGUUCUAAAAAUAUGUUUUUGAAUUGAAAAAGGCCAAAAUAUGAUAAGAGUCCUUUUCGGUCCAAGAGAUAUGCAUAAGAAAUGAGCACAGUCCUAUUUAGAGGCAGAUUUGUUUUUCAAAAACGAUUAGAACAUGUCUGAGAAUUAUCAUACCAAUAUUAAAAUGUUUUCCUUAACCUUAAGUUUGACAUUUCUAGUGGACCCAAAUGUCCAUUGUCAUACCUCGUGCUACGAUAUGCUAUCGCCGAUAUUCCUCUAAAACUGUUUUAUGUGAUAUCGGGUAGAGGUGCGGGGUUGGAUUGGAGGGGGGGAGUUACAUCUGUACCACUGAAUAUAUUCUGGUCCUAAGUGCCUUCAGCUGUGUCAUGUGAACUGCCCAUUUAUCUCAGACGUUCUCCUUCCUUGAAAUGUUUAUACCGUUACUUUUUACAGUGAUACAUGUAUGUUGAAACGUUAGGGACCGUGAUGGACGCAGGCUGUUCAGACAUGUUAGUGCUACGUGGAGUAUGUACCACUGAAUAUAUUCCGGUUCUAAGUGCCUUCAGGUGUAUCUUCUGAACUUCCCAUUCAUCCUUCCUUGAAAUCUGUAUACAGUUACUUUUUACCUUUUUUUUUCUUGUACCACUAAGCCCCGACUGUUUAAUAUUCUGGUGGAGCGUCUGGGCAUUUUAUUAAACAAUUGAAAUUGUAUCAUAAUACACUGGAAAAGUAUAAUUGUGUCUCAGAUAUUGUAUUUCAUAUUCAGAAACGAUGGAAGAAAGAUUGGUUGGCUUCCUCUUUCAGAGCAUAUUCUUUCAGGCCCGUCUCCCGUCCCACAACCUUCCAUCCCACACAGAUAUUAAAUAGUCGGUACUUUUUAAGAAGUAGUUAUUGUCUUCGUCUUUUUGAUUAUACCGAUUGUGAUAUACUCCAAAAAUACUCAACAAAUGGCUGUGAUUAAACUCGACCACGACACCGGUUACCAAGCCAAAGUACGUAUAGAGCUCAUAAUAUGUGGGGCCCGAUUAUUCAUUCAUGAUAUUCAUUGCUUAUUCAUUUAGUUUAUAGACAUCAAUAGAUGUAUUAUUGACUUUACAAAAUAUACUCCUUUAUAUUUUGAA